AUGUUUUUUGUCCUGAUCUCAGCAAAUCCAAUACUAGCUGUAACUGAGUUUGUUGCUCAGCUGACAAUCCUUGAAUUGCUAGACAAUGCAAUUUUUACUGCUGGCUACAAGGCUAUCCUGCAUGCCCACUAUGUAGUUGAAGAAUGUGAGGUUACUGAGCUCUUGCAUCAAUGUGAUCCAAAGACAAAACAGUUUAUGAAAAAUAAAGUCCUCUUUGUGAAGAAUGGUGCAGUUGUUGAUUGUCGAAUUCAAGUUAGUAACUCCAUAUGCAUCGAGAAAUUCUCUGACUUUCGACAACUUGGGAGAUUCACUCUUCGCACUGAAGGAAAAACUGUUGCCUUUGGAAAAGUCAUGGGUUUUUAA